GGUCUUAAUUUUUUUGGCCAUACGAUUUGAUCAUGUAUAUAGCUGAAAGCAUUUAGGCAGACUCCAGGUGUGCCAAAGGUGUAAAACCAGAAAAUGUAUGACCAUGAUCAAAGAGAAUAAGGAGUUGAUUUAUAUAGCUGAACUAUCUCAAUUCUCAAGAUCUAAGUUCUUUAAUUGCUAUCUUGUUUUCUGCUAUUAUAAUUAUUUCUCUUGGCACUUUUAUGGUUUUGGAAUUACGUAUUUGUUCUUGUUGAUGAGAUAAAUUUUUGUAAAUGGACGGACGGUAUCUUAAUUUAGAUCAUGGAAGGGAAACCCCUUUAUGUAUAAAGUUCUUUUUCUUUCUGUCGUACCCGUUUGUUUGGUGCAAAGGAAAAAGGAGUUAGCAAGUUGAGACAAAAGAAAUAGAAAACAUCAGCAACAAGUUGACCAGAUAUGUGGUUCCAGUUGGUUUUAAAAGUAAAUCUAACACCAAUAUCUCUUUUAGGAAUAUAAAUCCUGUUGCUGUAGUUGGGAAAUACGCCAUUCUGACAGACGCGAAGGUUUCAACGCUGCAAUGAGAACCCUCAAGUCAAACCAAACACUCCAUUGAACAGUCUUUCACCUUGUUCACCCAAUCAGAUUCCACCCCUCACUCUCUUGCGUACCGUUCCCUGUGUCGUAGUCAUUGUUCACCACUUCCGCCUCCUUAGCCUUUACGACAUUCCUCUCCAACAGAAACUGCCAGGUGUGUGUAAGCAUAAACACACCACCAAAAAAAAAAAAAGUGUUUCACAAGUUCCAAAACUACCCUUCUAUCAUUCACGAAAUUUCAAACUCAUUCAUUCAAUACCCCCAUUUACCCAACCCCAGCCCAAACUAUUUUGUUCAUUUUAUUUUUACUUUUUAAAGAUGGAGAGAAAGUAAAGGGUGAAAGAAACUGCAACAACUCUUAUUAUUAUAAUUAAUUAGAAAGUGAUUUUUAUUCCUUUUUUUUUUUGUUUCCGAUUAAACUUUCAAUAUAGUUGGGGUUUUAAAAAGAAAUCCUAUCGGUUAGGGAUUUCAAUUUGCGGAAAUAGGGUUUUCGAACGGAUUAAUCGGCUAGGAUUUUGUUACAUGACCACUAAUUUUUGAUUCAUUAGGUUAAGAUUAAGGUUUUUUUUUUUUUUUUUUCUUUUGAAGUGGAUAUUCCACUUGGCCUUGAUGUGAAUAAAGGUUGGGUUGGGUGGGUUUUUAGGGUUUGUGAGUGUGGGUUGGGUUCAAUGGGGAGCACCGGUGAGGCUGACCGAAAACGGCGUCACUUUAGCUCCAUAUCGCCCACUGCUGUUGCCGCAAAGAAGCAACCAUUCUCACCAAUUUCUGAGGAGAAAAAGCUUGAUGCUGCAGUUUUGCAAUAUAGAAAUCAAAAGCUUCUACAAAAGAUAGAGGCUCAGAAGGUCGAGUAUUCUUCUCUCGAAAACAAGUUCAUUCAACUGAAGGAGAAACAAAAGCCAUAUGACUCUACAUUGAAAGUGGUGAAUACAUCUUGGGAAGCACUGAUUACCGACUUGGAGUCACAUUCCAUCCACAUAAGAGAGUCUAGCAGACAAGAUGGUGGAUGUGCACCAAAUACAGAGGAUGGGGCUCUAUCUCCUACUGAGGAUGCUUUUCUUCGCCGACUUAUGGAGACAGGUGCAACUGAAAGUUCCUUUUCCAGUAAUUGCCCAGAGCAGAUGAAAGAAGAUAGAGAACAGACUGCCUCUGAAAAGACUAGGAACAUUUUACACAAUAUAGUACUUGCCAUGAAUGACCUAUGGUGCCUGAAGGAUGGAUUAUAUGCUGCAGUUGAAAAAGAGCUUCCGAACUAUGGUUCAUGCAGGCAGAAGGCAUCUACUGAACUUGAAUCAAAAGUUAAGAAUUUGAGAUUAGCAAUAGCUGAUAUUCAUUUGAAACACAGAUCUUUGGCAAGAGAAUUGCAGAGCCAUAGAGAUAUUGAUGCAAAGAAUAAGGCUGAACUUAAACGUCUGAAGGGUGAAUUGGAGAGUGCGGUUGUGGAACUGCAGGAAAGUAAUUGCAAAUUGGCAACUCUUAAAGCAGAAAGAGAUGCAGCGAAAGGGGCUUUUUUUCCUGUCUUAAACCUUGGCGGUAAGCAUGUUGCUGGCGAAAAAGUCAAAGAUAAGCAUAGAGAUCUGCAAGAAAUGGAGUCUUCCCUCAAAGAGCUGUUGGGACAAGCUUCUUCUCGACUAACAGAACUAAAAGGUUUACAUGAAGAAAGGAUAAAAAUAUUACAGCAGUUAUCAAAUUUGCAGAACACAUUGAAGAGUGUAAAGAGUAUUUCUUCUUCCCAAGUGUACCUUUUGGUUAGAGAUCAACUAGAAAAGUCAAAGUCUGAAGUUUUCCGUUAUCAAGAUUUAUUUGAGAAACUACAGGUUGAGAAAGAUAACCUCGUUUGGAAAGAAAAGGAGUUGAGUAUAAAAAAUGAUAUAGCUGAUAUUUUUAGGAGAUCAUCGGCAGUUUCUGAUUUUAGAGCUUCUCAUCUGGGGGCAGAGAUACAGCGACAAAUUGAUGAAAGAAAGAGAAUUGAAGUUAAGCUGGAAGAGGCAUCUAGAGAACCAGGAAGAAAGGAAAUAAUUGCAGAAUUUAAAAGAUUGCUUUCUUCGUUUCCGGAGGAAAUGAGUUCUAUGCAGAGUCAAUUAGGUAAAUACAAAGAGGCUGCUGUGGAUAUUCAUUCUCUCCGGGCUGACGUCCAAUCUCUUUCCAGUAUUCUUGAUAGGAAGGCAAAAGAGUGUGAGAAUUUGUCUGUCAGAUCUGCUGACCAAUUUGCUGAGAUAAAUAAGUUGCAAGCCAUGGUCCAGGAUUUGAAGGACAGUGAUGUGGAGUUGAAGUUGAUAUUGGAGAUGUAUAGACGGGAAUUUACUGAUUCAAGAGAUGUUUUGGAGGCGAGGGAUUCGGAAUACAAGGCAUGGACUCAUGUUCAAAGUUUGAAAUCCUGUCUUGAUGAGCAAAAUUUGGAAUUACGUGUUAAGACUGCUAAUGAAGCUGAAGCGAUAUCCCAGCAAAGGUUGGCUGCUGCAGAAGCUGAAAUUGCUGAGUUGCGACAGAAACUGGAGGCUUCUAAGAGGGAUAAGGCUAGGCUUUCUGAUGCUUUGAAAUCAAAAAAUGAAGAAAAUGAGGCUUAUUUAUCUGAAAUAGAGUCUAUUGGACAGGCAUAUGAUGACAUGCAAACACAAAACCAGCAGCUAUUGCAGCAAAUUACAGAGAGGGAUGACUAUAACAUCAAGCUUGUUUUGGAAGGUGUGAGAUCAAAACAGCUGCAUGAUGCUCUAACUUUCGAGAAACAUACCAUGGAGAAGGAGAUUCAGCAAGCCAGUGCAUCCCUUGAGUUUUAUGAGAUGAAAGCUGCAAGAAUUGAGGAUCAGCUGAGGGUCUGCUCAGACCAGGUUCAUAAACUAUCAGAAGAAAGAUUUCAAUACUCAGUUUCAUUGGAAAAUACACAAAAGCGAUUGUCAGAUUUGAGAAGAUCAUCUCAUCAGGCAAGGGAGUCACUGGAGGACUCACAAUCAAAGAUUGAGAAAAGUAGAGUGGCACUGGUGGAGUUGCAGAUAGAAUUAGAGAGGGAAAUGUUUAGCAAGAAAAGAAUUGAAGAGGAACUGGAAGUGGUGAGAAGAAAGGUGUUACGUCUUCGAGCUGAGAUUGAAGGAUCCUCAAUUUUAGAAAGGCUUCAAAAAGAACUUAGAGAGUACAAGGAAAUACUGAAGUGCGGUAUCUGUCUUGACAGACCGAAAGAGGUUGUCAUUACAAAAUGCUACCACCUCUUCUGCAACCCUUGUGUACAAAAAAUUACUGACAGUCGUCACCGCAAGUGUCCAGUGUGUGCUGCAAGCUUUGGUGCUAAUGAUGUUAAACCUGUUUAUAUCUGAUAUUCGAGCUCUCAUCAGAACUGCUUGUCCAUGAGAUUCAGCCAACGUCUUGCAAGCAUGCGACAACUCCUGGCGCAUGGACAGUCACAGGUUCCCAUGUAUUGUUAUAUUAGAGAGUUGUUAGAAAAGAAUCUUGACAGGAACUAGAGGGUUCCUGUCCAUUUGGUCAGUGCAAAUCCUCUCAGAUUUUGCUUGUUUGGCUCCAAGUUGUUGGUUUGACUUGAUUUUCUUGUAUUUAUGAUGUUUGCCUCUUCAUUUAAAUGCUUGGAGUCACUGGAAUCUUUCAAGUUAUUAUUUGCAGAUUAGUCGGAAUUGAUCAAAUUUUAUAUCCAGAGCCAUGAACGUUUCGUGGAUGAAUAAUGAACUAAAAUUUACAAUGCUAUGCGCCCCCACCCCCCCCCCCCCCCCCAAAAAAAAAAAAAAGAAAAAAAGAAAAAAAUCCUUGGUUCACUACAUUGAAAGUUGGCAUUGAGUUGAUACUGAAAUCAGUUGGGAGUGUUAUUCCAGUUUUUGGCUGCACAGAUUCUAAUAGCAUGUUAUUAGUAUCGUCAGUUUUUCCUUUUGUAUAUUUUUGGUUGGUUGUGACAGUAUCCUGUUAGAAAAAAAAAAUCAGAUUUUCUUUGUUUUAUUUAUUCUAGAGAAAGAGAAUCUUUGUAUGUGCAUCAUAAGCCUUUUUCUUUGAAUUUAACUAGCUAUGAUUUUGUGUUUUCCUCAAGGUAGUAAUGAAAAUGAGUACAUAUGACUGGAUUUUGGCAAUGACUCAAAUUAUUGGCAGCAGUAGCGAUCUUACUAUGAAGCAACACUUCAUUAUCUAUGCCGAAUACAUUACAAACCGACUUGAUUACAAUUUGUCUACUUGUUCUGAUUGAAGGAUGCCAUGGGUUUACGCAGUUGAAAGCAUUAGUGAACAUUGAUAAUGGAGAGGGCUGUUUGAUGUUUAUAAAAGGAUUAUGUUAUAUCAUUACAUGUGCUGUAAGCAAAUUUAUUUAGUGUUCCAGCUUCCUCUCUAGAAAUUUUGUGAACUUGGAGCAUUUUCUAGCAUGUAAUCAUUCACACUCAACAAUCAAGUACUAUUGGUUUAUGUAGCAA